AUGCCCUUCUUGGACGCAUGUAUGCUCAUCCCUCCCUAUCAGAAAUUUCUCAAGGACGCUGUAACCGAGAGAAGAAAAGAGGUUCAGGGCGUGUCUGUGAUGCCACUCACAGUAGCUAAGAGGCUUGGGUUCGAGAAGUAUCAAAAGUGCGACGUUUCCUUGGUACUUGCGGAUAGAUCAGUACGCAUCCCAGUGGGUAUGCUCGAGGACUUGCCUGUGCGAGUAGGAAACGUGGAGAUACCCACUGACUUUGUUAUCCUUGAGAUGGAUGAAGAACCCAAGGAUCCGCUGAUCUUGGGAAGGCCCUUUUUGGCAACCGCUGGAGCUAUCAUCGAUGUUCAGAGAGGGAAGAUUGAGCUAAACUUUGGAGAUGACUUCAAGCUCAGCUUCGACAUCAAGAGGUCGAUGAAGAAACCAACCAUUGAUGGACAGCUCUUCUGGGUAGAGACUUUGGGAGAAGUGUCACUUUAUGGUCAGGGAAGGGAUCGUCUUGGGACACAAGAUAUCAGAAAAGGGGAUAGAGCUCGUCCUUUGACACGCCUCUUGUGCAAGGAGACUGAGUUCCUGUUUGACGAGGAGUGCCUUAAGGCAUUUGAGAUGAUCAAGACUGCCUUGGUCACGGCCCCGAUUGUGCAAGCACCAAACUGGGACUACCCUUUCGAGAUCAUGUGUGACGCUAGUGACUACGCCGUGGGAGCUGUGCUUGGCCAGAGGAUAGACAAGAAGCUCCACGUGAUAUAUUACGCAAGCAGAACCAUGGACGAUGCCCAAGGACGAUACGCAACAACUGAGAAAGAGCUCUUGGCAGUAGUCUUUGCGUUCGAGAAGUUCAGAAGUUAUCUCGUGGGUUCAAAGGUGAUAGUCUACACUGAUCAUGCGGCCUUGAGACAUCUGUUGGCAAAGAAGGACACCAAGCCAAGGCUCCUGAGAUGGAUACUUCUUCUCCAGGAAUUCGAUCUCGAAUUUUGGAUAAGAAAGGGCGUAGGUUUGGCAGUUCGGUUAGAGCAGUUGAAGGCAGUUGAGGAAAAGGAAGCGCCUUGGUAUGCAGAUUACGCCAACUACUUGGUGUGUGGAGAGGUCCAGCCGAUCUAUCUCCUUACCAGAAGAAGAAGUUCUUCAGGGACAUCUCACACUUACUUUUGGGACGAACCAUACCUGUUCAAGAGAGGAUCGGAUGGUCUGUUUAGGAGGUGCAUAGCUCAGGAGGAAGUAGAGGGAAUACUCGAGCAUUGUCACGGAUCGAGCUACGGAGGUCACUUUGCGACUUUCAAAACAGCUUCCAAGGUUCUUCAAGCCGGAUUCUGGUGGCCAAGCCUUUUCAAAGACACUCACGACUUCAUUGCAAGGUGUGAUAGAUGCCAACGAGAAGGGAGCAUUUCCAAGCGCAAUGAAAUGCCACAAAACCCGAUACUUGAGGUGGAAGUGUUUGAUGUAUGGGGCAUCGACUUCAUGGGCCCUUUCGAGCCACCUUCUCACGGGAAUAGAUACAUCCUGUGGCGGUUGACUAUGUGUCCAAGUGGGUCGAGGCAAUCGCUUCCCCAACGAACGAUGCCAAGGUUGUGCUCAAGCUGUCAAAAGCAUCAUCUUCCCGAGAUAUGGAGUGCCAAGGGUUGUAAUAAGCGAUGGAGGAAGCCACUUUAUCAACAAAGUCUUCGAGAACUACUGAAGAAGUAUGGAGUCAAGCAUAAGGUAGCGACACCAUACCAUCCUCAGACAAGUGGUCAAGUGGAAGUGUCGAACAAGCAGAUAAAGGGGAUCCUCAGGACGAUUGUGGGAGUCACCAAGAAGGACUGGGCAGUUAAGUUGGACGACGCUCUCUGGGCUUACAGGACCGCCUAUAAGACGCCAAUAGGAAGGACACCUUUCUCGCUCCUUUACGGGAAAUCGUGUCACCUUCCGGUGGAGAUUGAGUACAGAGCACUUUGGGCAAUCAAACUGCUCAACUUCGACAUCAGGUCUGCCCAAGAGAAGAGGGGUUUCGACUUACAUGAGUUGGAAGAGAUCAGGCUGGACGCAUAUGAGAGCUCCAAGAUUUACAAAGAACGGACUAAGGCAUUUCACGACAAGAAAAUUGUGCCUAAGUCUUCAAGGUUGGAGAAUAUGCGCUGCUUUUCAACUCAAGAGCUAAGUUGUUCCCUGGGAAGCUCAAGUCCAAGUGGUCGGGCCCGUUUGAGAUUAAGGACCCUUCCUUAUGGAGCUGUCACUUUGCUCAACCAGAAUGGCGAGGAGUUCACGGUGAAUGGCCACAAGCUCAAACCGUAUUUGGGCCAACGCAUUCAAGGAGAAGGAGUCUCAACUCCUCUUCCGGACGCCCCCUUAGCCUAA